GGCGAGUCCGGUCUCAAAAUGGAGGGCCAUGAUCCAAAGGAACCAGAACAGUUGAGGAAGCUGUUUAUUGGUGGUCUGAGCUUUGAAACCACAGAUGAUAGCUUAAGAGAACAUUUUGAGAAAUGGGGCACACUCACAGACUGUGUGGUAAUGAGAGACCCCCAAACAAAACGUUCCAGGGGCUUUGGUUUUGUGACCUACUCUUGUGUUGAAGAGGUGGAUGCUGCAAUGUGUGCUCGGCCACACAAGGUUGAUGGGCGUGUGGUGGAACCAAAGAGAGCCGUUUCUAGAGAGGAUUCUGUAAAGCCUGGUGCCCAUUUAACAGUGAAGAAAAUUUUUGUUGGUGGUAUUAAAGAAGACACAGAAGAAUAUAAUCUGAGAGACUACUUUGAAAAGUAUGGCAAGAUUGAAACCAUAGAAGUUAUGGAAGACAGGCAGAGUGGAAAAAAGAGAGGAUUUGCUUUUGUAACUUUUGAUGAUCAUGACACCGUUGAUAAAAUUGUUGUUCAGAAAUACCACACUAUUAAUGGGCAUAAUUGUGAGGUGAAAAAGGCUCUUUCUAAACAAGAGAUGCAGUCUGCUGGAUCACAGAGAGGUCGUGGAGGUGGAUCUGGUAACUUUAUGGGUCGUGGAGGAAACUUUGGAGGUGGUGGAGGUAAUUUUGGUCGUGGUGGAAACUUUGGUGGAAGAGGAGGCUAUGGUGGUGGAGGUGGUGGCAGCAGAGGUAGUUAUGGAGGUGGUGAUGGUGGAUAUAAUGGAUUUGGAGGUGAUGGUGGCAACUAUGGUGGCGGUCCUGGUUACAGUAGUAGAGGAGGCUAUGGUGGUGGUGGACCAGGAUAUGGAAACCAGGGUGGUGGAUAUGGUGGUGGUGGAGGAGGAUAUGAUGGUUACAAUGAAGGAGGAAAUUUUGGUGGAGGUAACUAUGGUGGUGGUGGUAACUAUAAUGACUUUGGAAAUUAUAGUGGACAACAGCAAUCAAAUUAUGGACCCAUGAAAGGGGGCAGUUUUGGUGGAAGAAGCUCAGGCAGUCCCUAUGGUGGUGGCUAUGGAUCUGGUGGUGGAAGUGGUGGAUAUGGUAGCAGAAGGUUUUAAAAAAAUACAGCAGAAAAGGGUGAAUGAGAACCCUACUUGCCUAAAUGAGGAAUGUCUUUCCUACCAUCUUAAAUACGAAGGUUUCUGGCUGGGUAAGGUUUGUAGCUCACAGUAAAACCUGAUGACACCAUUUGGUUUUCCUAUAAAUGCCACAGGUUGAAUGAAAUAUUACCCCUAUUAGUAGGUACACUGGCAGAAUUGUCAAGGUGUUUUGUGGGGGGGGGGUACCCUACUGAACAAGUUGUAAGACUUCAGACCGUUAACAUUCUGCAGUGAGCCAGAUGUGGCCUCUCUGUGUGUACAAUUCACCAUUAGUAUCUGGUAAAAUCAGUUUUCCAUAAAGGAAAAAGUUAGUGUUGGCUUUCAGAAAAUAAUUUUGGAGUAUAUAUAGCUUCCAAAAGCUGCUAGUUGCCACCCUAGGGAAAACGGGAGCUUUCACAAUUGCCAGAAUAUUUGUCUUCCUCAGUUCUCAUUUAUGUGGACCAGUUUUUAGGUGGUGUCUGUCCCUUCCAUUCCUAAACACACAGGGUCUCACUGUUGUCCUGGCCUAGAACUCCAUCCACCUGCCUGUGUCCCAAAUGCGGGGAUGGUGAAAGGGUGGUGCCUAAUUGUUGCUCAUUCCUUCAAAAACAAAACCCAAAGAACAGUUGAGUUCUAUUCAAAUAAGUUGCUGAUUGCUCAUAAGGGCUAUUUUUUGCUGCCUUCACAGGGCCUUGAAAAUUGCUUAAUUCAGGUUACUUUCUAAUAUUUUCAGAGGACAAGUUUGCAAAACACUGGUUAGUUAGAGAUCUUGUUUACCACACAGGGAUGCCCUACAUCAGGUUUGCUUGGCAUUUCAAUGACUCAAUUUACACAAACCAUAAUUACUAAUGAAAGUGGCAAUCUUUCAAUGGUUCUUACAGACUUGGAGAAACAUUUUUAAAUAGGCAUUCCAUUUCCUUUCUGAAAUAAAAUUGUUCUACUUAAUGUUGUUUCACUGUCAUUUCUGCAAAAACAUUUUACAUACAAAAGGUGGACGUACAAAACAGGAAACAAUUGAGGGUGGCUUUGAUUUUUGUUUUAACUAGGAUACUGCUCCCAGUUUACAUGUCUAAAAGCUGCAUUCACACAUGUCUAUAAAGAAGAAGGGGCCGUGCUAAAAAUCUGGAAAGGGCUAAAGAGAAAUGGCCUUGGUUUUCAAGGGUUAUAUUGUGUUGCAAUUUAAAACAGGCCUAAUGACAGUAACUGGCAUGUUAAGGUGAUAAGCAUGGGGAUAAUAUGCAGGGUGCUGAGAGGACUGGUAUAGCCUAUUCAAGUUUUAAUGUGUUCCUUUUCUUAUGACAGCAGAGGUGGUCUGUACAGGAUUCGAUUGUUUCCUUUGUAGUAUGAUGAAAUGUUACAGAGAGAUGACUUUUUCAUUAAAAUAUUUUUAGAAAUGUG